AUGACCACCACUAUUAAUACAUUUCAUAGUAUCAUUGCACAAUCAUACAUUAGACAAUUAAUAUUCAAUCAUGUACAAGUAAUAUCAAAACAAAUAGGAGGAAUUGAUAUAAAGGAUCCAAAGAAAAAUCGAUCUUUACAAGGUCGAGAUAUUGUAAAGUUACCUCAUCUUGGUAUGAUUGCUCGUUAUGCAAUGCCAUGGGACUUUAUCAAACAUUAUUUACCACCCGACAAGGAUAGUGGUGCAGUAUUGUUUGAAAGAAGAAUGCAUUCAAUUACAAAGUAUUGUGGUCAUCGAAAUGCAACAUUGGAUACACUCGUACAACUUUUGAAAUGGUCACCUGAUUAUGAUCCAAUCGCCACCGACAACAAACAAGGGCACCUCUUUCAUAGAUACUAUUCGUAUCUAGAUACUGCUCUUGUAGAGUCUGGUAACAUUGACAUUAUAAAUCAUAUCUUGUCUAGGUUUCCAAACUUCAAAAUUAAAGAUAUGGAUGGUGCUGCUCAAAAUGGUCAUUUAUCGGUCGUAAAGCUACUACAUUCUAGAGGUGUAACCUCUACUUGUAGUGCAAUGGAUUUGGCUGCUCAAAAUGGCCAUUUAUCUAUUGUAACUUGGUUACAUGAGAAUACAACUCAAGGAUGUACUCAAUCAGCCAUCUCCAAUGCUGCAGAAAAUGGUCAUUUAGAGAUUGUAAAGUUUCUUCAUUUUAAUCGUAAAGAAGGAUGCACAACCGAUGCUCUUGAUGGUGCAGCGUCAAAUGGUCAUUUAGAGAUUGUAAAGUUUCUUCAUUAUAAUCGAACUGAGGGAUGUACAACUGAUGCUCUUGAUUUGGCAUCAGAAUGUGGUCAUUUUGAAAUUAUCAAAUUUUUACAUUAUAAUCGUACAGAGGGAUGUACUUUUAAUGCUAUGGAUUAUGCAUCAUCGUCAGGCCAUUUGGAAAUAUUAAAGUUUCUUCAUGAAAAUAGAACUGAAGGAUGUAGUACCUAUGCGAUGGAUAAUGCUCACAACUUAGAUAUUCUUAUCUUUCUUGACAAAAAUCGUACAGAAGGUGCAACUACUCAUGCAAUGGAUAAUGCUGCUAGAUUUGGAGGAAAUGAAAAAUUAGAUUUAAUUAAAUACCUUCAUGAAAAUAGAUCUGAAGGUGCAACUACCAAUGCUAUAGACUAUGCUUCAGGUAAUUCUAAUAUGGAAAUUAUAAAGUUUUUAUAUGAAAAUAGAACUGAAGGAUGUUCAAGAGAUGCUAUAGAUUAUGCAAUUCGAAAUAACAGCAAGAUAGAGUUGAUUGAAUUUCUACGCGAUAAACUAAAUGCUCAAUGUUCAGCUGCUGCAGUUCGAUUUGCAAUUUCAAAUGGAAGAUUGGAUAUUAUUCAAUAUUUGCAUCAACAUUUUUCAUUAGAUACAUCGAUAUGGGAAGGUUAUCCAAUUAAUUUGGCAGCAUUACAUAGUCAAUUUGAAAUUAUUAAAUUUUUACAUUAUAAUCUUCGAACAGAAGAACAAUGUUCAACGAAUGCGAUUGAUGAUGCUGCUACAAAAGCAGGAAAUUUAGAGAUUAUCAAAUGGCUUCAUCAAAAUCGGUCAGAAGGAUGCACAGAGUUUGCUUUGUGUUUAAGUCAUGCCAAUACUGAAGAGAUUGUUCAGUACUUUUUAGAAAACGAUAUGAUCCCUAGAAACAAGUUAAACAAACGAUUCGUCGAGCAUCUCUCUUAUUUUUCUUAUUAUGAGGUAGCUGCCUUGGUCAAUCAAUUCUUACAGUCCAAAUAA